UGUGUGCUAUACUUUUUAAAUAUCUCCUUUCCUUUUAAUUUAGAAUUAACAUACUAUAUGUUUAGCAUUCAUUUAUGUUUAAUAUCUAUAUGAAUCUUGUACAUAUGAAAAAUAACAAAGAAAAGAACAAUGAAAGUCAAAUCCUCGAGGUUUCAUGGUUGGGUUGGCUUAUAUACCCAUGCACUGCCAUGUGGCGAUCUCAUGCUGCAGGUGGCAACAUAAAACCCCAGCCAGUUCAAGCAUGUGCAACUCACAUGUUAGGAUGAAUAUAAGUACAACCAUAAGUCUAUUAUAAUGCAACAGACGCAUAUGUAUAUUUGCUAUACAAUAUUGAAUCCAAUUGUGAAAGCUUAAAUUGACCCACUUCUACUCUACUCUCUUCCAAGGUUGACUCAGUGAAUCAGCCGGAACAUUGCUUCCAUGGCACGGCUAACCAUCCUCUCUCCCUUAUUAUCCCUGCUUCUGAUUCUUGCUGCUUCCAAAGUUGUAAAGAGCCGUGGACUGGCACUGAGAGAAGCCACAGUGGAAGAUCUCCAACUGGCUUUCAAGCAAAACAGAUUGACUUCCAGGCAACUCGUGGAGUUUUACCUUAGAGAAAUCCAGAGGCUGAACCCGGUGCUUAAGGGGGUCAUAGAAGUGAACCCAGAUGCGCUUUACUUGGCCGAUAAGGCAGACCAGGAGCGAAAGGCUAAAGCAGCGGUGACACACUCCAAGCUGCAUGGAAUUCCAAUCCUGGUGAAGGACAACAUUGCCACCAAAGACAAAUUGAACACCACAGCUGGCUCAUAUGCACUGCUGGGCUCCAUUGUGCCUCGUGAUGCUGGUGUUGUCAAAAAAUUGAGACAAGCUGGGGCUAUCAUACUGGGAAAGGCAAGCUUGAGCGAGUGGUCCCAAUUUAGGUCCGACAAUGCACCUAGUGGUUGGAGUGCCAGAGGUGGCCAAGGACUGAACCCUUAUAAUCCAUUGGCUACACCUUGUGGAUCGAGCAGUGGAUCGGCCAUCUCAGUAGCUGCAAAUUUGGCAGCAGUGUCACUGGGAACCGAGACAGAUGGCUCAAUUUUAUGUCCUGCCAAUUUGAACUCUGUGGUAGGAAUCAAGCCAACAGUCGGUCUCACUAGUCGAGCUGGGGUUGUUCCCAUCUCCCCAAGGCAGGACAGCGUUGGGCAAGAAGGUGCAAUCUUGGUAGACCAUCUGAAAAUAGACAACGUAGGGGAGAUCUUUAGCUCCACAGCCGAAAAUACUGCAUUGUCUGCUGAGUUCAAAGUAUCCCUAAACGCAUACUUAAAAGAGCUUGUGACUUCACCAGUGCGGUCCUUGGCAGAUGUCAUUGCGUUCAACAACAAAAGCAAAAAAGAAAAUGUGAAGCAGUAUGGACAAAACCUAUUUUUAACUGCCGAAGCCACAAAUGGAAUAGGAUAUGCAGAGAAGGCAGCACUUUCUUCAAUUGCACGCUUGUCAAAAAAUGGGUUUGAGAAGGUGAUGAAAAAGGAUAAGCUAGAUGCAUUGGUGGCUGGUGGAGGACGAUCUACUCCAUUUGCUAUUCUUUCUACACCACUUGCUCUGGGGGGUUUCCCCGGGAUAAUAGUCCCUGCAGGAUACAAAGAUGGUGUCCCGUUUGGCAUUUGCUUUGGGGGCCUCAGGGGUUCGGAACCAAAACUUAUUGAAAUCGCAUAUGCCUUUGAGCAAGCCACAAAAAUUAGGAAGCCACCUAAGUUUUGAAGAACAUGUACUUCCUACAACAUACAACAUGGGAUGUAUCAAAAGUUGUAUGUGAAGCUAAUAAGUAUAAAUUAAUGUGGGGUAUAUAUUCAUAUUC